AUGAAUUUCUCACGGUUCCUUGAUAUACAAUCAUGGUGGGAAGUGCCGAGUAUCGCGUAUUUCUGUUCAUUAUUUCGGACUGCUUUCAAUCUUUUGGAUUUUGACAUUGAAGAGUUAGAGGAAGCCCUCCUAACUGACGGCGCUGAGGACUCGGGCAGUUCUCUGCUAACGGAAUUAAUUGUCAGACUUCUAAACGGCUGUUUAGGCAACAAUGACAUCUCUGCCUUCAAUUAUCAGAUGUAUCUGAGACGCCUCUUUCGGCAAAAAUGUCAAGAAUCAGGCAGAUACAACCCGUUCAAUACUGACAUUGACUUCCAAUUCCUUCCGCUGCGGAGAAAAGUUGAAAUCUUGUAUGCACUAUGUGAUUUCCGGCUGGAUGCUGAAGAUGUUUUUGAUCUUUUCAAAAACCUUGAAGCCGAAAGUUUGAGGCUGGAACCAUUAGGAUGGGAUGACAACGACUCUGCAUAUUGGUAUUUCUAUGGCACAAGAUUAUACAGAGAGGACAUAAUAAGAAAACCAAAGGGAAAGAAAAAGAAGAAAAACAAAGAUAAGAAAAGGGGGUGGCUUCAUGGCGAGGACUGGAACGAUGAUGAAACCGAGAGGGUGUGGCAAGUUGUGUGCUUCACAGAAGAAGAUUGGACCCACCUGACACAGCGUUUCAGUAAGGCAAACAGCAAGGUUGAAAAGGAGCUGUUUAGGUCACUCUCACAGAAUUUUAUGCCAGAAAUACCAAGACUCUUUCAGGAAAAAGAACGUCUACAGAGGAAAAGGCGUACGUCGAGCCGAGUGCUUCAGAAAAUACGUCAGAAGGAGGAGGAGGAGAGCAGCAAGGCGACCACCGAUAUUGAUACGUCUAAGGACUCAGACAGCAAGGAAAGCCAAAAUCUCGCCAGGCGAAACCGGGCCAAACGACGCAAUCUGCUGAGAUCAAAAUCAUCGUCGUCAGACGCGUCUGAUAGUAGCGAUAGCUCAGAAGAACAGGAUAUGCCACAAAAGGCAAUGAAAAAGUCAAAUGGCGGUGGGAAGAGGUCGAAGAACUCGUCCGCCACGCAUAAGGGCGAACCUCCUCCGGAACCACCGAUAAAAACAGGGCGUAAGACCAACAAUUCGUUAGCUUCAGCCACAGGCCAGAUCCUGAUACCAGAUAAUGUUGAACCAGUCAACAGCACCAGGAAGAAGCUCAAGACUUCGCAAAUAUUCAGUCAAACCGAUGAAGACGUACAAAUCGACAUGUACAAAGUAUUAGAGCAGUUGACGAGCCACGAGGACGCUUGGCCCUUUCUGGACCCGGUGGAGGAGGAAUACGCGCCCAAUUACUACACGGUAAUCAGGCGGCCAAUGGAUCUUCACAAAAUGGAGGAACGCCUGGACGGUGGUCACUACACUGACUUCUCUAUAUUCAAAGCGGACUUCAAACUCAUUGUGAAUAACUGCAGACUGUACAACGGACAAGAUAACGAAUAUACAGCAAUGGUCGACAAUUUACAAGCUGCUUUCGACCGGCUGACUGAAAAGUAUAUAUAUCGCGUCUCCUCUUCUGACGAAGAGAUCGCAGUGGAGUAUCAACUUCCGACGCCUACGCGUCGCCAGAAACGCAAAGCCAGCGACUCUCCAACUAGACAGCUUCCCGGCAAAAGAAAAAAGCACAAAUCCUGUUCGGAAGAUACUGAACCUAAAUCUAGCACCUCGCAGAGCAAAAGCAUGGAGGCAGUCGAUGCGAAUGAGACCUCAGAGAACGAAAACAAUAGUGUUGAGAACCAAAAACGAGAAGAAGGAGGCGAUACCAAGAUGUCCAAGGAAUCUCACAAGGAAAAGGGGAAGAAGAAACGCCACCAUCACAGACACGGAAAGCACUCUAAGAACCACAAAAAGAAGCAGCAUAGUUCAAAAAGCAAACAUAGCAAGAAACACGGCAAAAAUAAGGACAAAGACGGCAAGAAAUCCAAGAAGAAAAAGAGUAAACAUCCGACACCGGAACCCGAGGUGGUAAAGCGAAGUGACUCGCAGGUAUCUCUCUCUAGCUCCAAUAGAAGUCGCAGUGCCAGUCCCCUGCCUUCUAUUCACACUCCUUCACCCUCACCAACUGAACUAGACAAAACUGAGAGCGGCUCGGCAGACUUCGAUAAAAUUGACUACGACCAACCGGCUACGUCGAAGCAUCACGCUGAAAGCGAAUUCCUAAAAGACAAAUAUGAUAAAAUCAAAGAACGGCGCCGGCACGCCGCCAAAGAUGUGUGGGAAUCUCUUUUUGAUUACAAACAGAAGAGCGACAAACACAAACAAAACUUAAACAUCCCCGAAAAAGAUAAGAAUCAAAAAUUACGCGAGACCAUUGAAAAGUUGAAAGCUAAGAACGAAAAGUACAAAGACUCCUCAUUAUUUACUAGCCUUUUCACCCCUCGGAGUACAAGAAGAGUGGAAAAAAGACGAGAUUAUAAAGAAAUCAGUGAUGAAGACUGUUCAGACGAUGAGCCUCUAGAAAGUGUUAAAGGAAAGUGUCUUAACAAGAAAUUGGUGAAAAAGAGUUCAGCCAAGAACGAAUCCGCUUCAGAAGCUUUGGAGGAAGCAGUCAAAGACAUCAGCAAGUGGCUAGAUGAUGCUCCCAAAAGUUCUGCUGUUAGUUCACCUUGUGAUAGCCCAGCUCCAACAGUGUCCACGGAAGAACAGGAUAGUAGUAGCCGUCAAGAUGACGAGCUCUCCUUAGGCGAGAGGUCAGUGUCUAGCAGAAAAGAUUUCCCAAGAAAACGCCCGUCCUCUCGUGAACCCAAAUUCAUGAAAAGACGAGAAAUACAAAGAACGAUAGAUAGACUCCAACCUGGGAAGAGUAAAGGUAACCUGAUUACUAUUCCAAAAAGUAACGACAAAGUUGACGAUAGCUCGUCGGGUCAAGUCAACUCUGGAGACACUAAAAAAGAACCCAGUCCAAAAUUAAGUUUAGGGUCUGUUCUACCGACUGUUGACUUUACUCUCGGGGAGGACCAUAACUUCGGAAACGACGAGGCGACAUGUGUUGUGAGUAAAGUGAAGACCGUUUCGAAGGUUACCGAAAUGGAGGGCGACAUGGAUGCAAAAGAAACGUCCACAGAGAAGAAGCCAGACGAAAAAAGUCCUACUACAAUUAAGAAGGACGCCGAGGUGGAAACGGAGUCCGUUAUCCCUAUUAAACCAAGCCAAGAGAAGGCAACGCCUAACUUAAGCGCGUGGUUUAAAGCUUUCGGGGCUCCAAAGACGACGACGCCAACUGCCACCAAAAAGAAAGUCGAAGAGAUUGAAACUGAAGAGAAAUCUGCGGAAUCAGUUGUCGAAGUUAAAGCCAGCCCAAAAACUGUAACAAACAAGUUCGAUUCGCCCAACGACCCAAAUUCUCCUAAUCCUGAGGGUGGAGACAGUCCGCAUCUGAGCGUGUCAGCUACGCCUCGUCAGCGGAGGACCAGCACGGGCAGUUCCAUCUCGGAGAGAUCCUCAUUCAGCCAAGAUUUGGACUCGCCACGGCAUCACAUUUCGCAUACAUCACCAUUACUCCGCUCACCGGCCUCACCGCGUAACGACGACUUCCAGAAGAUCUCCUAUCCCAUAAUAAAUGGAACCGUGCGCGCAGGGUUCUACCAGGACACAACGUCUCUUAAAAGCAGUCCCGAUAAGAGUUGUAGCCCGAGGGAGGGACCUCAGUCGCCAUAUUCACCGUACCCGCAACACGUGUACGCCACCUCAUCCACCGCACCUGGAUCUGCGACACCGAACUACUUUGUCGACCACAACAAAAGUCCCCUCCCAACGUACAAUCAGAAUACACAACCGCACGGUGAUACUUCGAAGCCUACCUAUAAAACUCCGAGAGCAAAUGAAGAUGGCUCGCCGGAGAUAUACCAGCAGAACCAGUUCAAUAACGGCCCGUACUCUCCGUCCCCGUCUCAGUACUCGCCGGUCCAAACAAAUUACUCGCAGCCCCAAAUCUCACCACAGCCCAUGGCGGCACACAUGCAAAUGAACCUUGCUCAGAUACACGAGCCAAAAACGGCAAUAUAUCCUGUUAAGAAACGAACGUACAACGAACCCGAGCAAUCGGACAAACCGCAGAACAAGGACAAUAUACGGAGCCCCGUCUCUGAAACUAAUAAGAGCGACUACAAAGCGCCGAAUCAGAUGAACGCGAUGACCACCCCGUCCGUAGACAGCAUCGCUCUUGCUCUCAGCGAAAAAUCCCAAAUGGCAAAGUUGAAUCUUCAUUACGAUAACAGGAAAAGUAACGUUUAUGAAAAUAACGAGCAGGCACAUGCCAAUAAUAAACGGGACACGAACAGUAUCGACCUGACGAAACCUCAGGGUAUGACUAAAAAGGACGAUAUAGACAUGGUGAACAUGGGUUAUUUUAACAUCGAAGAGAGGCGUAACAGUAACGAUGCGCGAGACUCCGAUUUCUUGUCCAAAGACAUGAAACCGAAUGGGAACCAAGCUCACAGGGGUUACGAAAUCGAAGCGGUCGCUAUCAAUCUCGGUGUAAACAACCAACCGCAGUCCAGGCCGUCGAGCAAACUGAACACCGCUCCUUAUAAACCCCCACAUUGCCACGAACGACAACACCCCGACGCGCACAUGAAACAAAACAUAACUCAAGCGCAUCAAAACCAGUAUGACUCUCUAACGUCCGGCCAAGCGUUAAGUAGUUUCUCACUCAACGACAUAGAACUAGCCAACAAAAAGUUGUACAACAACAACAUUUCCUCCGCGCCCUUAGACUAUGGCAAUUGGAAAAACACGAACCAAAUACGGAAACCGGAAGUACUACCGUCCGACUACUCGUACAUGAAUAAUGAUGACAAAAACAAAAUGGACUCCGCGGCGACCCUAAUAUACAAAAAUUUCCAACAGCAGCACUACAACAAUUACGCGGCAAUGUCGCGAAUGAACUCGCAGAGGACACAAGAGUUGCCUCAAAGCGCACCUUCGGAAUUAAGGAUCCCCAACCCACAGGGCAUGCUCAAGUACGACAACACCAACAUGAUCUCCAUAGCUGACGACGCUAUAGCUAAGAAGAUUGAAGCGCUGUCCAAGGCAAACAAAACCGAAAAAUUAGUUCAAAACCACGCGCUGAUUUCAUCUAUUCCAUACAAAACUCCAUACAGCUCUCACUCCACGCUCCUCGAUCCGAUCGAACCGCUCCGCAAUCUCCAAAUUCCACAGAUGUCUGAGAGAUACUCUAGCGACGAGCGAUACCUCUCCAGCUUCGCCGGCAACGCCCCAUCACUGUACCAUGACAAAACGUUUCAAAUGGCACAAAUGCUAAACAAAGGCCUCGCUACGUACAGCACAUGCGCCCAGCCUUCGAUACCAGAUAAGACCGACAACGUCGUCUACAAGAAUACUCCGACCACGCCCCAUUCACCUGUCGACGCGAAAGGUAAGGCGAAGAGGAAGAGAAACGGAGACGCGAAGCCGACGAACACACACACACAAUCUUAUUCAAUACCUUCUAGAGGGAGUGAUGUGCUGACGUACGUGAAAAGUAGUAUCAUGCCAACGAGUGCUUAUAGUUUUGGCUCUGCUAACAUGGCCCUCGGCGGAAUGUAUAGCGAUACCACUGGAUUUUCCAUAGAUGACUUCAGAAACAGCACUAACCAACUGAUGGCCGCUAACUACAUGGCCGCGGCGGUCGCCCAUCAGCGGAACGAAGCUAGCACGGAGAAGCUGAUGAAACCCGCCCAUCAAAACAGCAACCACGCCAGCGGCUCGUUCCCUUUCAUGGCACACUCGCAGGUGCGGGCGGGGUACCCGUUCGUGGGCAUGGACGCUUCGUCGCCUAUGUACCAGCAGUACAUACAGCGGUACCAAGAGGAGCUCCAGAGGCAGACCGGCGCGCAGAUCAUGGGACUUUACCCACCGACGUACCCUCCUACACUAGGGGUGCGGCAACCCUACGAUUCCAUUAACAGACCAUCGUGGAUAUAA